GUGGGCGAAUGCUAGGUGAGUGUGUGCUAGCAAAAGUAUCCAUUGCGCGCAGGGCCCACAUCCAGUCCAUUACACCCUCGCAGGUAGGUGGAGUGAAAAAUCUUGCAAUGCGGUGUGUGGUCAUUUUUCUCCCGUGUGCCACCUUCACGUCCUUCAACGUCACCAGCCGCACGACGCACGCCACUAGGUGUCGCCACUGUACCGCCAACUGUCGCAUCAUUCGCCGCCGAGACCUGCACGCGCGGAGGCUGCACACGCGGACAUUCGGAGGAUCCACGUGGAGAUGAGGUAAGGAUUCCAGAGAGUAAGCCGUGGAAAGGCGCACAGUCCUGUCUUAUCUCGCUUGCUGUUAUCAUCUGAGAAACACGGAGAACUAGACUGAGACACGAACCAGGAUCCGCACCUCCCAUCAGCAUCUCAAAGUUUAGUCUCACACAGUCACGGAGCAACGCGGUGUCAUCCAUCUUUGAGCUUCACGAAGAAUCAACCAUGAGGACCGGAUUGCGGUUCCGCUGGAGUUGUCUCCCUCUCAUUAUGCUAAUGAUCAUGACGUCACCAGCAUCUGCUGACGUCGUUACUUCAUCGGACAAAAUUCUGAACCUCGCUAGUCAGGAGGGCUCGUUACUCAGCGUUCUGAAGGACUACAUCUCUGAAGAAUACGACAAUCUGAGAGAUUUAUCCGCGUUUUUGUCGGCGAGAUCAAAAUCAUUUCAUCUUUCAAAUGUAGAGGAAAGACAAAGCAUCGCGGAACACCCAAACGGUGCUUACGCCCUCAUCAAGCUCUUCACAACAGACUGGGCCAACGUUCUGGAGAGGAAUCCAGCCUUUGUCAACAAGCUGAGGGAGCUGAAGGACAGUCUUCCUGUCAGAGCGGACUACGAGGGAGCCAUGUCCGCCAUAGUGCGCCUGCAGCGCCUGUACAGAAUGCAGGUGCCCGACAUCUACAGCGGCAACUACUUGGGCUACCUGGGGCCACCUCUGGGGCCGACGGAUGCCUUCGAGGUGGGCCGGCAGGCGUUCGUGGACGGCUAUCUGGCGGAGAGCAUCUCGUGGCUGGAGCUGGCCGCCGACAAGCAGCGCCACGAGGCCCUCAGCCCACAGACACUGGCCCACACACUGGGGCUGCUGGGCAGGGCCUACUUCUAUAUGAACCGGACAGAGGACGCCAGGCAGACGUACGAGGAAAGCUUGGCUUUGAAUCCAGAGGCUUCAGAUGUCAUUCAGUUGGGUGUCGAACUGAAUGUUUCCGACACUGAAUCUUACGGGUUGACCAGUUCAUCAUGGCACGACACUAUGUCGGAACUGUGUCAGUGGAGCCAAACGCACCGAGUGGCCAAGCUGCGGUCGUACCACGUGUGUCGAUACAAACCGUCUCUCUACUUGCCCUAUGUGCGCUUCCAGGAGGAGAUCCUGUCCACAUCGCCAUACGCCUCCCUCUUCUAUAACUUCGUGUCCGACACCGAGAUCAGUCAAAUAAAGAACUAUAUACGAGGGAGAAUGAAACGAGGGAGGGUAGGAGAAGCGGAAGAUGGUAUCAUAUCUCCUAUAAGAACAAGCGACUUAGGAUGGAUAGAUGACCACUCUUUAGACGACGCCAACCGGAUCUCGCUGAGGAUCAAGGCCGCGACCUGGCUGGAGGUCGAUCAACGGUUACCUGAAGGUCCGAGCUCUUCCGAAGCUUUUCAGGUUGUUAACUAUGGGCUUGGUGGACACUACGACGCUCAUAUCGAUCCCUUUAAUAAAGCCUAAUGACAGCAUUCUUUUGUCUUCUUCGGGGGAUAGAAUCGCUACUUUCCUCAUCUAUCUGAGCGAUGUUGAAAAGGGCGGUAACACAGCCUUCAUAAGAGCAGGUGUUUCUGUCGCACCUCAAAAGGGAAUGGCAUUGUUCUGGUACAACUUCAACCCUGCAAUGAAACUAGAAAAAUCUUCAUUCCACGCUGGAUGUCCGGUUCUUAUCGGACAUAAAUGGAUUGCUAACAAGUGGAUCUGGACAUACGGAAAUACAUUCCGCAGGCCAUGUGGUCUUCACGAAAACUCUACACACUUCGACGUUGAGGAUCUGAUGAAAUAUCCAAGAAGAAAAUAAAUAUGAAGAAAAUAAAUCCUGCAAAAACGAUGAAGAAA